GAUGACUGACCUCUAGUGAGGACAACAUUAUUGACGAUGAAUUUAAAUCAUUUGACAAGUGAUGUAAUGUCCGCACAUGUGGUCAAUAUUUAAGUGAUGUGAAGAUAUAUAUGAUUUAUAACUUUAUAAGUGACUGAAAAAGGGAUCAAACCAUCAAAUGCAAGCUAUUAUGUCUAAACUGAUUCGUUUGAGUUCAUUGAAUGGCAAGACUAAUGACACAAAUUUAUUGAUGGCAAGGGAUGCCCUCUUUAAGGGACAAAUUAUUUCUUUACCGACGGAUACCAUUUAUGGUUUGGCCAUUUCGGUAUUUAACGACGUGGCCAUCAAACAACUCUACGAAUUGAAAGCAAGAGAUAUAACAAAAGCCAUAGUCAUCUGUGUUUCAGAUAUCGACCAAAUGGCCAAAUGGUGUGAUUUAACCAUUAAAAGAGAAGUAUUGGACGAUCUAUUGCCCGGUCCGGUCACUGUUCUGUUUAAGAGAUCUAAAGAACUCAAUUCCACUCUAAACCCAAUGCAUGACUUAAUUGGUAUCCGUAUUCCCGACCAUAAGUUCAUUCGUGAUUUAUGUCGACUUUGCGGUCCAUUGGGUCUGACGAGUGCUAACCUCAGUUCAGAACCGAGUUGUCUGAAUGUCAAAGAGUUUUUGCAUUUGUGGCCAAAGUUGUCAUUAAUCUUCGACGACGGAACUCUUGCCAAGUCUGACCCCAUGAGAGAUCAAACUUUUGGAAAUACUCUAAUCGAUGAAAGUCUGGGUCUUGAUAUUUGCCAAAAGGAGUCGGAAAUAAUGCUAAAUAUUGGCGGUUAG